AUGGAUGCCGAUGUCGAUGCGAGCGACAUCGAUGAUGGUGAUGACGACGAUGCUGGUAUUUUCAGCAUCACUAAUGACCGCCACGGUGAGGACGAUAAUACCCUUACUGGUAAAGACCUCGUUCUUUCAGCAGUGCACGCGAAGCGCACUGCUGUCAACAAGAAUAAACAAGCAGAGCGAUUUUCGCUGACUUGCGAAGGGUUGUCCACUUCGUUCAAUAUUCUAUUGCAGAUGCACUAG